CUCGCUCUCGCGGCUUUAGCUCCCCCGCACCAUAGAUGUCAAAGGCUGAAGCUGCUCCCUUUGCCACAUUAUAACUAGUAGGGGAUCCUCAUCGACCAUGGCCACAGCUGCCUCGAAUCCCUACAGCAUUCUCAGUUCUAGCUCCCUAGUCCAUGCGGACUCUUCGGGCAUGCAGCAGGGGAGUCCUUUCAGAAACCCUCAGAAACUUCUCCAAAGUGAUUACUUGCAGGGAGUUCCUAGCAAUGGGCAUCCUCUCGGGCAUCACUGGGUGACCAGUCUGGGCGAUGGAGGCCCAUGGUCUUCCACACUGGCCACCAACCCCCUGGACCAGCAGGACGUGAAGCCCGGGCGCGAAGACCUACAGCUGGGUGCGAUCAUCCAUCACCGCUCACCGCAUGUCGCCCACCACUCUCCGCACACUAACCAUCCGAAUGCCUGGGGAGCUAGCCCGGCUCCGAACCCGUCCAUCACAUCCAGCGGCCAACCCCUUAACGUGUACUCGCAGCCUGGCUUCACAGUGAGCGGCAUGCUGGAACACGGAGGGCUCACCCCACCGCCAGCCUCUGCCUCUGCACAGAGCCUACACCCCGUGCUCCGGGAUCCCCCAGACCACAGCGACCUAGGCGCGCACCACUGCCAGGACCACUCGGACGAGGAGACACCAACCUCGGAUGAGUUGGAACAGUUCGCCAAACAGUUCAAACAAAGAAGAAUCAAGUUGGGCUUCACCCAGGCCGACGUGGGGUUGGCGCUGGGCACACUGUACGGCAACGUGUUCUCACAGACCACUAUCUGCAGGUUCGAGGCCUUGCAGCUGAGCUUCAAGAACAUGUGCAAGCUGAAGCCACUGCUGAACAAGUGGCUGGAGGAGGCUGAUUCGUCCACAGGGAGCCCGACCAGCAUUGACAAAAUCGCCGCUCAGGGCCGUAAGCGCAAGAAGCGAACCUCCAUCGAGGUGAGUGUCAAGGGCGUCCUGGAAACGCAUUUCCUCAAGUGUCCCAAGCCUGCCGCGCAGGAGAUUUCCUCGCUGGCAGACAGCCUCCAGUUGGAGAAAGAAGUGGUGCGUGUCUGGUUCUGUAAUCGAAGACAGAAAGAGAAAAGAAUGACUCCACCAGGGGAUCAGCAGCCACAUGAGGUUUACUCGCACACCGUGAAAACAGACACGUCCUGCCACGAUCUCUGACUGCAGGAAGCAAGAAAGCGGCCCGCCGCGCUGGGAGCAGCGUGGAAUUCUCUUUCUCUCCCACUCUCUUCAUUUCACUUCAGCUUUAUUAUUGCUAUCUAGAGACAUAGCAAUAUCUAAAUAUCUAGAUAGGGCUCUUCUCUCGCUCUCUCUCCCCCUCCCUCCCCAUAUUUUUUUUUUCUCUCUUUCUUUUUUUUCUUUCAUUCCCCCCCCCCAAAAAAUAGGGGAUUCUAACUUAUAUUUUAAAAGGAAACACACUCACAAACGCCUUCAGGCUUCUCAAGGCUGAUACACAGUUGCAUUAAGCCGUCCAGGCAGGGAACUCAUUAUAGUGGGCCGCCUCCCGCCAGGGAAAUGUUUGCUCCAACCUUUUCUGCAGAUCAAUACAUAUUGUUUACUCGAGUAAGGUCUGUUGGGUUGCUCCUCUCUUCGAAGAACAAGCAGUGGGGUAACUUGGGGGUGGGGUAAAAUGGGGGAGGGGGGAGGGAAGACAGAUGUGUGCCUCUGAAUAACCUUUCAGCGCCUUGGUUAUAGCAGCUGUAUUUCAGGUGAAAUCUGUUUUACAAUAGACUAGUUUUGCAUUUUUUAAAACUUCUAUAGCGUUUCUAAAUGUCUGCGGUGUUACUACAAGCUGUACACAAUAUUUGUGAGAUAAUUUGUAUCUAAUCAGCCACUCCACGUUAUUAUUGCUACUAUGAUUAUUCCUUCAUUGAGCUGGCGGUUUUCUAAUUCCUUAAAAAAGGGAAGAUCGUAGGAGGAGUAGGGGAAGAGAUGCCUACCCACCCACCCACCCCCUACACUAAAUCUGUAUGGAGAAGUACAAUGGAUAGAAUUGUUCAUGAUGAUAGUGGAGAUAUAUAUCUAUAUAUCUAUAGAUAUAUAGAUAUAAUUUUUUCAGAGGGCAGAGUGUCUAGGGUAGGCAGAAUAGGCAAGCCGACUGGGUUUGCAAAGUACUGUGAAGUAGGAGAGGAGAUUUUGAAGCUUUCUGCCCUCCCUCCCUCAAUCUGUGGAGUCCUCCCAGGCUUCUACAGAGCAGAUCUGGGUGCCUGAAAAGGAUUUGCGGGCGGCGCCCGACAAAAGAGGUCGGCCUGAGCAGCAA